CAAAGUAAAAUAGGCCUUGCCUUGGGCAAAAUAAUCUAUAAUAAUUAUUAUUUGUCUGUCUGGAGCUUCUGUUUUCACAGUACUGCUGAUAUAAAUUAUAAGCCUAUUAUGGUAAUGACUUCAUGAUAUAAUUUAUGGAUAAAUAGCCAUAUUCUUCCCCAAAAAAAACUUAAAGGAAAAACAAAAAUGUAUUAAUAUUUGAAUUUUACUUUUCCUGAUUCCAAUCCAAUAAUUAAAAAGAUCUAUGUUAUCUUGAAAUCUCGUAAUUGAAACCAAGCAGCGAGACUUUCGAGUUGCAUUGCUACCAAGAAAUACACACGAUAAGGAAGAUCAUCGUUCUAGCAGAGGAAGAGAUGGCUUGUUGAGUACAAAGAUGGAUGACGGUGAAGACCCAUUGGGUAAGAUUUCUCGGCAGCUCUCGGAGCUUGCUGCAGCCCCCUCGUCGCCCGUCUCUGUAGGGGUUCAACCUCUCUUGGGUGCGGACGAUGGGAGCCAGUGGACGCAGUUCAGCGGUAUUUCUCCUCAACACAAUGCGGGGGUCCGGAGCCUGUACACGUGGAACCCGAUGACCUUGCCAGAUUACCAGUCAAUGUCACCGCCACCCCCCGUGUCGCAUCACGAUGGGACGGGUGUGCAUGUGCCGCCCCCAUCUCUGAGCCCCCAGUCGCCUCGCCUCGGAGGUAUGAAUGAGUUCAUCCAGCAGCACCGGCAGUUUGAGUGGAAAGGGGAAGAGGUAACCCCAAGGUAUCAAGUUAGCGGGGAUCUCAGCGGUCGUUUUGUGGAUGUGGAUCAGUCCCGGAUGGCGGCUAUGAACAGCGAUGUUCAGAGACAGGCAUAUUUAGGUCAGGGUUUUCAUGCCCCAGACCCCAGUGUCUUUCGUGGGGACGACUUUAUGGGCAGCCCGGGCAUGAGUGGUGGUGGCAGCCCCACGCCGAGGUCUUUUGCCUCGGCCAUGUCCCAUCCGUUAGAGAGGUCACUCAGUGACGUCCAGCCCAGAGCUUCCAACUUUGGUCAUACGUUUUCUGCUCAACUGUCAGCAGAAAGUUAUCUCCCAGAGGAGACGUCAAUGGCCAGCAACAGAGGCAUGCACCAGUCUCCGCUGCCUCACGACAGCUCCGUGCCUCACGUGCUCCCUUCGAGGUUGCGGUUUGACCCUCGCAUGCCCCCGCCCCCUUUGUUCCCUGUGCAAAGCUCAGUGUCGGAGAGUUCAGUAAUGGAGCCUCAUCGUUUGAGCAGCCAGCCUCCUAAUGGGCGGGAGUACUCCCAUCUUCAAGGCACGUCGGGCAUCAACAUUGACCUGGGCACCAACAUAGAGCCAGGGAGUCGCCACUACGCUAACAACACCAGCAAACACGUGGCCAGUGAUGAGGGCAGGGAGAUUUACGAGGCGGCCAUGAGCCAGUGGAACUCUUCUGGACACGGACACCAGAGAGAUUCGUCGAGCCCGGCGUCUCCAGUGGGUACCAAGCCGGAAUCACAGAGUGCAGAAACGACAAAACCUUCCUACUCCGACAUCGCCAAGACUCCAAAAACUGGAGCUUCUGCGUCGGUGAAGACCACCGGGCUCGGGUUUUACGAUUUGGAAAACAAGCUGUCUGAGAGCGGUUCAAAGCCGCAGGGGAAGAAGCCUCCAGCCAAGAAGGAGGGGAAACCUUUUCGGCCCCAUAUAAAAAGGACGUCCUCGGGCUCAAAGUAUUGGCCCAGGGGUUCACUCGGCGGGGAUGCUGAUCAGCACCGCACGUCGCCCACCUCGCGUUACGGUCUUGACAGCUUUGACGAUCACGUGCUCAGCCCCGGCAGUAGCUCGGAGAAUCUGUCCCCCGCUGGCAAGAUUCGUCGCAGCAGCGGGAGUAGUGCUGGCAGCUCAGCCGGCGUUCUAGAGGACAUUUCCCUGGGAACUACAUUGUCCUCGGUGACUCGGGAGGAUGGGGAACACCAGACGUUGCCCUCUCCUACUGCCGCAAAAUGUUCUGACACCAAAAAUAGCACAUCUCAACCAGCCAGUAGUGGUGAAUCGCUGUUCUUCGAUCCACGCAGAAUCUUUCAGACGAAGAACACCAACAAGUCGAGGGCUCAGUCUCAGCAAGGACAACAAGCGGCCAGCAAAAACAAAGGUCACGCUGCAAACGUCCUUGAGGACACGAGCUCUGCAGCCUCCUCCUCUCAAGGUGACAUGGUGCUGAACAACGGCAAACCCACGGCUAGCAACAGCUCCUCCAAGUUAUCCAGUUCGGCCCGGCAGCACGACUACAUCAACAAUGAUCUACGAGACACCAGCAAGCUGACCAAUCAGGCAGCAGCUGCGGAGAGCAGUCAGCAGACACACAGCAAAAGUCACAGAGAGCCUCGAAGCGGAACGGGCAAGCGUUCAAGUGGACGGUCCAACAAUGGCGUGUGCCGAAGAGAUCGGCGCAAGAGUCCGGAUAUGCCAAGGAAUUCACACUCGGAAGAGGUGCCAAACGAGAGGAACCGGUUCAGCUUUCUGUCAGACCACAUGGACAUGGAGAAAAUUGAGGAAUGGUGCAGCGUGGCGUGGGAUCAGCUCAAGGUGUGGGGCAACCUGCUGUUUGCUGCCACGAUGAGUCUCUUCAUCUACCUGCUGGGCGUGGUGCUUUACCUGAGAAGAGGCGAUGAAACGACUUCUGGCGUGUAAAGGCAAAGAUCCAUACAGUAUACUUGGGCUACGUGCUGACUCAACCGACGAGGACAUCAAGAGGUACUAUAGGAAGCAGGCCGUUCUGGUACAUCCGGAUAAGAACCAGGAGCCCGGUGCUGAGGAAGCCUUCAAAGUCUUGGGCCACGCCUUCGAGAUGAUAGGAGAACCGAGCAAGAGAAAACAGUAUGACAGUCACACUCAAGAGGCAAAUGAAGCAGAGGCGAUGAGAGAAUUUGCAGACAUGUUGUCGAAGCUGCAGACCAAACUUCAGGAGGCGGCCAACAUCAUGCACUGUGAUAACUGCGGGGGGAAACAUCGACGUGUGCCCGUCGACCGGCCCUUCUACAGCGCACGCUUCUGCCAGAGAUGUAAUGUGCACCACUCAGCUAAAGAGGGUGACGUGUGGGCCGAGUCCAAGAUGUUGGGCUUCUACUGGCAUUACUAUGCACUGAUGGAGGGUCACGUCUUUGACAUCACCGAGUGGAUGAAGUGCCAUAAAGAGUUUUUCCAGCAUAUGAAGGCUAACACUCACGGAGUCUCGUAUCGUAUCGCGACGGACGGCAACAGGAAGAACAGGCACCAUCAUCAGCCUGGCCACGGCGAGGCCAAGUGGGAAGACAUCAUCAACCGUCUAUUCAGCAAAGCCUCCAAUGGUGGCGGGGACGGCACUUCCUGGACGCCGCCACACGUCAACGCGGACAUGGGCUGGGGGGCUCAGGCUGGGGCGAGCGCAGCCGCUACCACGGCUAACGCUAAGAAAAGCCGGCGCAGGAAGAAGCGCUGAAUACAGCUGGCCGUUUCCUACAGGAGAUCUCGCCACAGCCACCGCUAAGAAAAGCCAGCCGGCGCAGAAAGAAGCGCUGAAUACUGCCGGAUGUUUUCUGCGCGAGAUCUCGCCUUCCCCUGGCUGCUGUUGUUCACCCAGCUCCGGUGUGGUUUGGGUUCCUGGUCAGGAGGUUGAGGUUUUGUGUGGUGGUGGUCGUUGUCGUGUGGCCGUCGGUAGCUAGGAGAAACAUCUGCUUCCUGUGUACCAGAAUUUCUGACUUACCAGUUUCUGGAUUGCCAAAGAACGUUUAUUGUAGUCUUGUAUGAAUAUAAUGUUGGAGGGUUAGGACUUUCCUUGUGAGGACACCAGUCUGUCGUUGUUUUCGUGUCAGCGUCACCUUCCUUGUCGUGUCAGCGCCACCUUCGUGCAUGCUAUGUACAGUGAUCUACGUACCGUUAUCACUCACUUACAGCUGCCCGGUCACUGGACAUGUAGCAUGUUUGGGUAACUGCUGUUUGAUGUGUGAUCGUAUAAAGUGUGUCAGUGUGGAUGUAACAUGUAUUCUCUCAAAUUUCUCCGAGGGAGAUUACUAUGAUUAGGCGGAGCGGGUACGGAAGGACGACAGCGUUGUUUGUUUCAGCAGUGUGGUGAGAUACUUUCAGACGACAAGCCUCGGCGUAUCCUACUUCAGUCAUGGGUGAAUUGAGGCAGGCACAGACUGUGCGGGUCUCUGUUGCAUUUGGCUACCUUAAAAUAAGUUCUGUCUGAUAUUUUCGGCCGUUUUGAGUUACUUUUUACCAUGAGGUCAAAGAAUUGCAUUCGGAAAAGCUUAACCAUGUUGUGAAACUCAAAAAUUUCUCAAAUCUAGGUACUGAGAAGAUGGAACUGGAACAGGCCAUCAACAGCAUUACUCCAGCAAAGCCUGUCCUGAGCAUCCUUUUCUAUCAGUUUCCAUGAUGUCCCCACU